AUGCUCCGCCGCAGCAUCCUCACCAACCUCUACCACCACUUCAAACUCAAACCCUCACAUCGUCAUCCACUCAGCAGCCCCUUCUCAACUACAACAGCCAAAAUGUCGUCCACCUCAGAACAACAACAGCCACCAUCCUCAAGCGACUCUGCCUCAACCUCAGAAUCCACUACCACCGUCCCCCGCAACGCCCUCCCCGCGCCAGAUCCAUCAGACAACGGCGUCCAGACCCUCGACGUCAGCGGCUCCGGCUCGACCGUCAAGCUGGACCACCUCGGGCCCCUCGUCGUCAACGCCGACGGCACAAUGUCCCGCAUCGCCAACUGGGACAAGAUGGCCGACAUUGAGCGCGAAAACACCCUCCGCAUCCUCGGCAAGCGGAACCAGGAGCGCCUCGCCGCCCUCAGAGAGGCCCGUGGCAUCAGCGAAGGGAGCAAUGACAGCAUAGGCGCUAGUGGCAAUCACGACACUUCAGGCAAACAAUAGAACAUGAAA